ACACGUCAGGGAGCGCACUGAGGCUGACGCAUUAUUGAGUAAGAAUCCCUCCGAAGGGCGUCAUGUCCCCCUCCACCGGGGAUGGGGUCCGUGUGUCCGUGCCUGCCAUCCGAGGUGCCCACACGCCGUGACUCGGACUCGCCGCUCCGGGGCAUAAACAAACACGGCUGGAACAACACAAGGCCGCGGUGGCGGGGGCCGGACCCCAGCGCCGGGGCGCAGAGCGGCCGGGCGCAUCCCCGGUGCCGCCGCCCCCCGCUCGGUUCCCACAGGGCUGUCCCCGCCCGCCCCCGGGCAGCUGCCAUGUGUCUGCUCGAGUGCGAUUAACACCGACUCGCCAAAUCCCCCCUACGCCCGCUUCCCCUCCCCGGGCCAUUUGGGGCAUGCCCGCGCCCCGUGUUUACACGGCGGCGCCUUCGCGCGGGGCCUUUCUGCGGAUGGCGCUGGCAGAUGAGCCGGGGGAGGUGGGGGCUCCGCGCCGCGCAGCGCCCGCCGCCGGCUAUAAAAGCCUCCGGGCCCUCGGGCGGCGGCGAUAAGCGAGCGGCCGCGCACCGGCGGAGGAUGGAGGGCUGCUGCCCCCGCCCGCUCUCGGCGGCGCUGCCCCCGCAGGGCUACUCGCCCCUCUCCUCCUCCCGGUGCGGGGGACGGCCCGGUCCUGCGCUGACGGCCCUGCCCUCGCCCCGCAGCCCUGCGCCCUUCUGGAGACCGUGGGUGCCCGCGCCGGCUGAGGCGGCCCGGCGGAGCCCCGGCCCCGCCGCGCCUCACAGCCCCGGCGGGCUGGCGGGAGCCUCCCGAAAGCUGGCGCAGUACACGCACCCCGUCAGACUAUUUUGGCCCAAAUCAAGGUGCUAUGAUUACUUGUAUCAGGAAGCUGAAGCACUUCUGAAAAACUUCCCAGUACAGGCUACAAUUUCCUUUUAUGAAGACUCGGAUAGUGAAGAUGAUGAAGAUCAACUGGAACAAGAUUCAGGAACAGAAUCAGAUUGCUGACUGCAGCAACAUCUGACUUAAUUUAAACUUAAUAUAAAUAUGUAUUAUAGUAUUUUUAAAGAUAAUUUAUUUCUAUGUAAGUUAUUCUUAAUAAAACUGAGAUGCCUUGUAAUUUUA